GCGUUAGAUGUUGGGUCACCUAGUUCUAAAUCUGCUCUGUAGUAAUAAACCCAACCGCAAACUGAAAUAGUUUGUUUCUCGGUCUUUGCCUUGUCAAAUAGGAACUUGUUUGUCUUUGUGGGUCGCAGUGUCGCAAGAGCGGAUUUGUUAAAAAAAAACUGAUAGUGUAAAGUGCGUGAGAAGAGGAAAGGGUUGCAGUUUUCUGGCUCUCAUAAACAAACGAGCUCCGGAUCGAAAUCUUGUCUUGAGGCAGCUGUCUAAAUCAAGACAUCUGUUUUGAGUAGGUACAGUGUUGGUUUAGCCAACCUGUUUCACCUUAGUUUUGUGAUGUGAUGAAAAUGUAAAUUAAUACUGAUCAUGUUAACAUUAUGACACGUUAUACCCAUAUUGUGUAUUUUGGAGGCUAAUUAUAUUGUUUGGAAGUGGAUUUAUAAUGUGGACCCGAUCUACACGCAUGUUUCUCCUCGCUGUGUUUGCUGCGGUUAAAGUUCAGUCUGCCCGAGCUGAAGCUGAACUGUGUCCUCGACAAGAUCCUCCUUCUGGAGUUUUGGUCUUGAAUUUGGGAAGUAAUGUUGUCCUUGGCUGCAGAGGUGACGUUACAGUGGACAAUGUGUCGUUGGCUUCAGCCAGAGUCAUGAAUAAAAAAUACACACACAAGCAGAAAGAAGACAUCACUGCCAGCUGGACAUCCCAGAGACACAAACAUCCUUCUACACAAUUAGCUAAUAUAAAGGGAGAUGUGCCAACUACAACAUACCAAAAUAUGAUGUCUGCUAUAUACUCUAAAACUGAAGUGGGCACAACUGUCACCGUUAAACCAUCUAUAACCACCAGAAAGGAGCAGAACACUUCUCAACGUGUUUUGCGUGCUGUCAGUCAAACACCUGGAGAGGAAGAAGAGACGUUUGGUAUCACACAGUGGAGCGAUUUUGAUGAAGAUGAUUAUGAGGACUAUGAUUAUGAAGAGGAGCGAUCCAGGGUGACACGGGGAAUCAAAAAACAAACACGCUGGACUUUAAAUGGAAGACAGGUGCAUGCCGGAGUGGAAAGAGGAGGAAUUUUGAGACGGCCACAUCUCAGCUGGGCAGAUGCUGGAAAUUACAGUUGCUACAGAGGAGAGAGACUCAUUUCCACAUUCAGAAUCAGUGUAGGGGCACCCCCCGAGCGUUCAGCUGUCUUAUGCAACAUGAAGUCUCAUACUAGUAAGGUCCGCUGUGAAUGGACGUCCAAACAACCGGUAAUUCCACGGCCAGUGUGUUACCUUCUUCUUAAUAGAAGAUUUUUAAAAAACACCAUUCAUGUGAACUGUUCUUUCUCCCGGUCCCGCUGUUGGUGUGCUUUCUUUGUGAAGGAGGAGUACCUUAGGGAUCUCCAUAGGGCACAAAUAUGUGUGUCUAACAUAGCAGGCAGUGCAAUGAGCCCUGUACUCAACUUUAACCCACAUGACACCCUAAGGCCAGACCCACCAAGCAGAGUUCUGGUGAGUGCAGUUGAGGGCCUGAAGCAUGUGCUUAAAGUAUCCUGGUCUUAUCCCAGUUCCUGGAAGAAUAGAUUUUAUGUCCUGCAGUUCCAUCUGAGAUACCGACCACAAUUUGCAGAGCAGUACCAGUUUGGGGAGAUAUCUGACAAGAUGGAGAGACGACUGUCAUGGAUGAUUUAUGAUGCUCUACCAGACACUGUAUAUGAAGUGCAGCUUAAGGCCAAAGAUGAGUUUGAUGGUAGCUGGAGUGACUGGACAGAACCUGUCUUUGCAGUCACAUGGUCAGCUCCUGAGACAACUACUGCCACUGAGACCAUUACUUUUGAACCAAAUGAGGUGCUUUAUGAAGGCUCAGGAGGAUUUGGAGAAGAGCCUGGUGUAGACUCAGUGGUAGUAGCUGGAGAUGCUGAUACCGAAUAUGCUACAGUCUGGCUGUAUGUGUCUUGUGCUUUUGGGCUGUGUUUUUUUGUAAUCACCGUGCUUACUGUCUAUUUUCUCAGGAAUAGGACUCAUUUGAUUGCUAAAAUAGGGAAACAAACUAUGCCGUUUACUUCCCUCCUUCGUUCCUCUCAGCCUCUGUCUGCUCCUGCUGCCUCUGAACAGCUUCCCGAGGAGGGGAAGUCACUUAUGUCUCCUCCCAAACACAACCAGCAACACUUCCUUCCUGCUCAGCCAGAGGAGCAGGAUGCCAUUCAUCUGCAUAACAUCGAUUAUUUUCUGUCUCCAGGAGCCGAAGGUGUGCCAUUGACAAUAAACAGAAAUGAAUAAACAAAUGAAACCCCGCAGUGGGUCACACACUGUUUCAUGUGAUAGAAAAACAGCAUUAUUAUGUUGAAAAAUCAACUUGGAGUGUCAUAUCCUAGGUUGGGUUUUCAUGUCAGAUUUUUUUCUGACUUUCAAAACCAUUUGUAAUUACGGAUUUUUAAAACAAGCCUUCUAUAGAAAACUUUUUACAAAUAUUUCCUUAGACAACCCACCAUUUGUUGACCAUGGCAGUCUUCCAUGUGAAGCUAAAGCACUUUUUUAUUAAAUAGUUUUGAAUAAAUGCCUGUUAACAUCAAAUAUGAUAGCUAAGAUGACUGGUUUUAAAUUAUAAGUUAAAGAAAUACACAGUUUUUGUUUAUCUGAUGAAUGAUAUAAACUUUGACAGCCAGUCUUAUUCAAGAUUACUGUAAAGAUCUUGGGCAUUUCAAGUCGUAGAUGUAAAAACUGCAGUGUGCACUUAUAAUAGACAGAAUAUUUUCAUGGUUUGGUGAGAUGCAAAUACUGUUAUCGGUAUUGUUCUUGAUUUAACAGGCUUUUAAGGGAUAGUUCACACAAAACUAAGAGAAAAUUUCUUCACAGUUUACUCACAAACAAACUAACCGCUAUUGGAAUCCAGAGUAGGAACAACACAAAAUGCAAUGGAUGUCAAUGACUGCUGUUUUCCAUAAUUCUAGAGUAAAAUAAAACUUAAACAGGUUUAAUCUCUUUAAGAGUGUCUGCUAAAUGUUUGAUGUUCGUUUGAAUAUGAUCUUUCAUUCAACAUUAGUUAUUUUGACUUGCUGACUUAUGUUGACUGUUAUUCUGUUUAAAUGUGUGUAAUUUGACCUGUAAAAGUGUUUUGGUCUCACAGUCGUUUUUACAGUUUAUGAAAAUGUAUGCAUUGUGAUUGUAAAAUUGUAGUCACUCAGACAAAAAAGCAUUUUUUUUUCAAACUAAAAUUAUGUCACCAUUUUUACCAUGUUUUAUUUUGAGUUUGUACUAAUUGAAAAUGUGAAUUACAAAGGGAAAAGUUACAAGGGGAAAGUUCACCCAUUAUUAUAAUUCUGACAUUGUUUACUCUCCUUCCUCUUGUUCCAAACCUUGAGUUUUUUUUCUUUCUUUUUUAUUCAAAAGAAUAUACAGUACUUUGAGGAAUGUUGAAAACUUGUAGCUAUAUAUGACAUACUGUAUAGUAUAUUUUCCUACCGUGGAAGCAAGUGUCAACCUGAUACCAAUAUGGAGGGGGAAGGGUUAGAAAUAUUUGUUUAAACUGUCCCUUUUUUUAAUAAUGAAUGAGAACUGGGGUUUAUACUUUCAUGGGUAACACUUUAAACGUUAAUUUCUUUAUUAUUCAGUUUAACAUUUACUAAUGCAUAUUAAAAUCAAAUUUAAUUCAUUAGUUAUUUCACUGAGUUAAAAUGAACUAACAUUAAACAACUUUAUUUUCAAUAACUAAUGUAAACAAGGAGGGAUGCUGUAAUGUAUUGUUAAUGGUUGGUUAAUGUUAAAUACAUUAACACUAAUACCACCAUAUUGUAAAGAGUUGCCCUUUUCCUGAUUGAAUGUAUGUUUUUCUGCUAAAUGUGUUAAAUCAUAUUUCAGUUUGUCUGUACAUUGCUUUUUAAAAUAGAUAUUGUUCUAAAGCAUCUUCAUAAAUACUAGUGAAAAAAACCUUGAGAAGACAAUGGACAGACAAGUCCCUAAGAUGGUAUGUGGGAUGUUUUGUUAGGAAAAUAAUUGUUUAAAAAUACAGUAUACUGUAAAAACAUGCUCAAUUUGAU